GGCAACGCGGCCCUCAGCGCGCCCGCCGCUGUGACCGGGCCCUGCGCCCCGGGACGCCAAUGUCGCCGCCACGCACCCGGCCGGUUCGCGAAGGCGCCCCGGGCUCGGGCUGCGCGCCCUCAGGACUCGAGCCUCCGACUUCCGCCUCCGAGGAGCGGGGCUCGGCGCCAAGGCGGCCCCAGCUCUCCGCUCCCAAGGCCUAGUGUUGCCCCGCAGGCGGCCGCCUUCCCGUCCCUCUCCCGCCCGCCGCCGAGCCCCGGAGCGUCCGGGACGAGGCGCGGGCGCCGCCCCCUUAGGUGCCCGAAGCCCUGCCUGCGCCCGCCUCCCCGGCGGUGCACGCCCAGGUCGAGGCCCGGCCCGCUAGCAGGACCGGCCCGCCGCCUUGCGUUUGCUCCGUGGCUCUUGCGCACGCUGCAGCUUGGUGGCUCGGGUUCCACUCGGGACCUCCGCUAGGAGGACCCGUGUAUUCGUAUUUUUUUUUUUUUUAAUCCAAAAUGGCAGCCUCCAGCCGCGCACAAGUGUUAGAUCUGUACCGGGCGAUGCUGAGAGAGAGCAAGCAUUUCAGCGCCUACAACUACAGAAUGUAUGCUAUCAGGAGGAUACGAGAUGCCUUCAGAGAAAAUAAAAAUGUAAAGGAUCCUGUAGAAAUCCAAGCCCUAGUGAAUAAAGCCAAAAGAGACCUGGGAAUCAUUCGUCGACAGAAUGCGGGCCACAUGCCUGGCAGAUAUUUGCCCUGGGGUGAGCUAUCAACACUUGAAACCCAACGUGACCAAAACUGUGGCUCAGUUGUCCUCCCUUCCUCUAAAAGGGAAAGGAACCUUGAUUUGUAAUCCAUUUGAAACAAAUCCAAGACUAACGUCAGCUCCUCCAAAAUGUAGGAUACCUGCAACUAUUAAAGUAUAUGCUAAAGCACCACUCUAAAAACCAUCUUUUCCUUUAGUUCUUGGUUGGCCUAUGGUGUUCACUUAGAUAAUUGGGUGUGACCAUUUCAGGCCCUUGGCCGCCCCUUUAGCUAAUUCAGCAACUCUUAUUCUUUGAAUCUUCCUAGAUAUAUCCCUUGUCUAUCUUACCGUCGAUCACCAGUAAGCAUUCUUGUUGUCCUCUGUAGGGCUUUACUUGAGGUUUGAUUAGGUAAUUUUGUGCACUCGCUGUUCACCUGUUCAGCAGUCCGCCGUGUAACAUGAAAGCACCCUUGUCUCUGGGCAGCCUGUUUCCGCCCCGCGUAUUCGGCGGUUGCAAGUGUAUUGAUGGGCAUUACUCUAACUGCUCGCGUCCGAGCACUUGGGAGGCUCAUCCGUCUUGUGCUUUUAUAAUUGACAUCAAUAAUGUGUUUGCAUUGAUCAAUAUUUCCUAAUUGCCAAGUUAUAGCAGUGGAACUUCUCCAAUAAAUCCUGCCCACAGAUGACUGUAGACAUUAGGGCUCAUGUCAAUAUCUUGAUGUAUUACAAAUUGUUUUUAUGAGGAUGUUUCUCCUAUAAAAAAGGAGGAACUGUGCAGCGAGAGACAAGAGAAGUGAGUCGGGGUUGCUAUAUAAGGCUAAGAAACCAAGUCAUUCCGAUAGAAAUAGGAAGAAGCUGUUUUGCAGGCCAGGGCUGUCGGUGUCCACGGUUGGAGUGAUGACAUUUAAGGGACAAACUUAACCAGACUCAAGGACAGAGACUCAGGUGACAGGAAGACUGGCUCUGUGCUGUCUGUCAAGUCUCUAGGGCGACUUGGGAGAGAAAGAACCAUGAAGGCAUCGUCCAUGGGUGUGUGUGGCUGACCUGGAGAGAGGCCAUGGUGUGGGGAAGGACCUGCAGUGCCCCAGCAAGUCCCAGCUCUGCCAGUCACCGGCCACUGACCAUGGCAGGUCACCUGACCACUCCCCAUCCCCCUGGCCUCAGCUGGAAGAGAGCAGUGGUGACAGUGCCUACCUCACAGGGCUGUUGCAAGAGUUGGAUGAGUUAAUAGACGAACAGCUCUUACGAGAGUGCUUGGCACCUAGACAGUGCAGCCUAAGCGUUUUCUGUUGCCACUUUUUUUUUUUUUUUUUUUUUUUUUUUGGACAGGCAGAGAGUGGACAGUGAGAGAGAGAGACAGAGAGAAAGGUCUUCCUUUUGCCGCUGGUUCACCCUCCAAUGGCCGCCGUGGCUGGCGCGCUGCAGCCGGCGCACCACGCUGACCCGAUGGCAGGAGCCAGGUACUUAUCCUGGUCUCCCAUGGGGUGCAGGGCCCAAGCACUUGGGCCAUCCUCCACUGUACUCCCUGGCCACAGCAGAGAGCUGGCCUGGAAGGGGGCAACCAGUACAGAACCCGGUGCCCUGACUGGGACUAGAACCCGGUGUGCCCGUGCCGCAAGGCGGAGGAUUAGCCUAGUGAGCCGCGGCACCGGCCUCUGUUGCCACAUUUUAAAGCUGGACUUGAACUAGGUGUAAGAAGGUUUUUUUCUCAAACACCCAUUCCACAUCUCAACGCUAAGUCUGCAAAUCUUUGCGUCUUAGACAGUGUUGCAGACACUGAGGAUGCAGUACUGGAUAAGACAGACCUGGGCCCUGCCCCUGCCCUCCGGCAGCUCACGGUGUGUGUCCGAGAGAGGAGUCAGCGAGUGAACUCACCACACACCUGUCACCUGGAUAAGCGUUUCUGAGAUCCAGCCUCCCGCCACCUCUGGGACCACUAAGUCGUCCAGGGAGAGCCUUGUGUGAGGGGCUUCAGCCUGGGUGUGGGAGGGGUUGUAAUGUCUGUAACAUCCCUCCUUAAGUGAUGGUCAGUUAAAUGCAGCCAGUAAUGAGAAACAGCAGAACACGGCUUUGCUUUAAAAAUCUGUCACUCUUCACCUCUCACCAGCGUGGUGGGUGCACAUCAGGGAUCACGAUGCAGGAUGUGAGGAUGAAAUGUGGGGCCGCCACUUACAAUUUUUAUUUUAUCUUCUUAAAUGUGUAUGUCAUAUAUUUUAAUAAGCACAGUGUAGGAGCACAAGAGCACAUGUGCGUAAUUUAUAAAUAUGCAAGUUAGGGCUGCGUGUGUAACCGUUGUUUGCUAAUGAGGUAAGCAGUUUAAAAAGCUUGAAGCCUACCACUGCUGAGUGUGAGCAGAAUACCUGAGCGCCAUAAGGCCAGAAGCUGCUUUAUAAUGAUGCUGUGUUUCUAGGGUUUUCUCGUUUCUGAUGUGGCCAGGUAUGGAUCUUCAGUUUGAGAGGUAAUGCGUUUCCACUAAGUCAUGCUUUCACCUCUACUAGAGAGCUUUCCAAAAAAAAAAAAAAAAAACACACACACACACACACACAAAACAUAAAUUGCUUGUUUUUCUAGGAGUUUACAAUUUUAUUGCAUUUAACCUUCCUAGAAGUCUGUGAGGUGGGUGUGUUAGACUCACUUGCAGGGGAGGGAACUGAGCACCAGGUCAUCCCAGGUCUGUGUGCACCUCAUCAUUGUGCCAGAGAGCGGGCAGACAUUGCAAAAUUGACGACUGAAACACUGGGCUCAUUGCCAGCUGCACACCAGAGAGCACCUGUUGGUGUGGGCCGAGCUGGAAACUGACCAGCCGGCGGUGCCAGGAGAGGGGCCAUGGCUGCUUUUCUGACUACUGCUGCUCUCUGCCCUUUGCCCAAAAUUCCACCACCUACCUGUUUCUUCAGCAAGACCCACUAGGAGCCUGCGGUGGGCCCGGCCUUCAGUUUAUAACAGGAGGAUAAGGUAUCUUAACAUUGAGAGUCUGAAAUGGAUUCUUACUAAGAGACAGUUCUCAGAGAUGGCCUUUCCCCCUCACCCCAAAGAUAAACACAUGCAAACACACACACACACACAAACAGGGCACUGAAAAAACUUUGUACAAAAUGGACCAAGAGUGAAUUGUUAAAUCAAUACAUACGAAGUAUUCUUCAAAUUCAUGAAAAAUGCAUGUUAUAAAAAAAACUAUACAUAAGAUUUCAACAUUGUUUAGCAGCAAAAUUCUUUACUUUUUGGAAUGCCCUCUUACACACACACACACACACACACACACACUUCUCCAGAGAACUCUAAUACAGAAUCUAAACCCAUUGUGGUCAGACAUUGUCUAUUUAGAAUGCUUUUCUUUAAGAUUUAUUUAUUUGAAAGACAGUGUGACAGAGAGGGAAGAGAGACAGAUUGCUCCUCUGUCUACUGUUUUACUCCCCAGAUGGCUGCCACAGCCAGGUUACCAGGUCUGAGCCAGGCCUGAGCCAGGCCAAAGCCAGGAGCUGGAAGGUGCAUCCUCCCACGUGGGCGGCCGGGGCCCAGUACGUCCCAGUCACACGAGCAGGAAGCUGGAUCAGGAGCAGAGUGGACAGAACUUGAACUGGCACUCUGACAUAGUACGCUGUUGUCACAAGACGGGUUUCUUACUGUGCUUUUUUUUUUUUUUUCUGCCUGGUGCGGGGGCCGCAGCCAGGGCCACCCCACCCCCACCUCCUACCUUACUGUGCUUCUUAACAGUCAGAUUCUCUCUCUGUUAAAGUAGCUGAAAUUAAAUAUGAACCGUUAAUCCGGACCACCCUUUGCAUUCCAAUUCGGGAGGGCAUAAGCACCUGUGUGAUGCGUGAACCUCUUCUCCGUGCCUCUGUCUCCAGCAGAAGUGGUCUGUGCAGUGUGUUCCACGGUAAGUGUCUUUCAGUCCCUUCUGGCAGGCUCUCCAAAGGCCUCGGUGAGCAGCUCUGCGGCCUAGGGCAGGCGUCAGGAUGCCUGAACGUCCCAGCCCCCCUCUCUCCCGCCUGCACAGGCUCUCAGUGCCUUGGAUUGCCGUGUAAUUAGAGGACACCUUCGGUUUGCCUUUGUCGCACUUGAGUUCUUCUCGGAAAGUCUGCUCUCCCUGUGACGUCUCUCGUCUAGCGUUUCCUUCUGGCUCCUUUUCAAAGACCAACAUGAGAAGAGUAGAAAUGCUGUGUCUAGGAUCUCCCUGCUAUUUCUUUCUGGCCAUCGUUCUCUACUCUCUCAAAGACUGGGGCGUCAUAGAGCCCUGCCUUUCGUCACACGUGCCUUCAGCUGGCGCAGCUAACGAGCUGCAGCUGGACGUGGUCCUCAGAAAUACCGGCCCUAAUAAAGCUAUCCAGGCGUAUUUUUUUUUCCAAAUUAGCACAUAUAUUACAUGGAAACCCUGAAAAUAGAAGAACCUGUGUUGUAACUCCAGUUUCCUUUUGUCGUGCCAACCCUUCCAUCUUUUUCAAGGCGUCUGGCAUUUGAGGGCCUCCUCCUGCGGGACCCCAUAGCUGCGAUGUAUGUCAGCUGAGCCACAGACCCGGAUGAAGCUGCCGUGCCUGAACGUGCUUUGCGUACGAUGGGAACAUGCACAGAUCCAGAAAAGUAGAUUAGCCAAAGUCAGAGGGUGACAGUGCCAGUCCCAAAGAGAUGCUGUCCCCUGUGGGGGGUGAUGGCCCCUCCAAAACAUUCUGUUCUAAUCCAGCGCGAGAAACACAGAGUCUAGCUGUCCUAACCAUACAGUAUUGCUCAAAACCGCAGCAAAGUGUUUUUUGUUUCCAUUACUGUUUUUCCUAACAUCCUUUGUAGGUGUUACUUGGGGGACAGCAUGGUUGAGGGGAGGGGUGCAUUUCUGAGCGUGCUCAGGGAGGUGAGAUGAAGACAUCAUUAUGUGGCAGUGCCAAACCCUGCUCUCGGGCCCUUCCUGCCUUGCCCAGGCAGUUCUGCACCCUCAAGGCAGAGCUUCACCAGCCCUACCCCAGGUCAUCUUCAGCCAGAAGUGACAGCAGGGGGUGAGGUUUUAUCUGUGAUGAUUAAGAUUCCCCUGUCCCACAUCAGAGGGUCUGCGUUUGAUUCCCAGGUCUGGCUCCUGACUCCAGUUCCCCACUAAUGCAGACCUCGGGGGGCAGCAGUGAUGUCGGAAGCCUGGAUGACGUUCCUGCUUCCUGUGUCUGGCCCUUGGCAGGCAUCUGGGGAAUGAACCAGUGGAUUGGGAGGCAGACGAGCUCUCUGCCCGCACCCCCCACCCCACCUCAAUACAAGAGAGGGCGCUUUCAGCGUCAUGUGUGAGGUCCCAUAGGUAGCAAGCUUCAGGGCGCUAAGCAAAGGAAAGUGCAUAUCUUUGAGGAGAUGGGUUAUGAACUCAUUGCCUUUGCUCACAUACGAUCCAUGUUCAGAUUUUCCCAGCUGUCCUAUAACAUCUUUCUAUAAUUUAUGUUUCCUAAUCUAAAAUGCAUGUGGGCAUCAAGCAUUGCAUUUUGUAGUUGUGUCCCUCUGGUCUCCUUUAGCGUGGAAGUAUUCCCCUGCAUUUUUCUUUAACUUUUAUGACAUUGAUGUAAUUAGUCCAGAAUAUUCCCCAGCCUGAAUUUGUGAGAUUGUUUCUCCAUUGUUAGUCUUGUAAUAAGCUCUCGGGGCAGGAAAACUGGGCAGGUAAUACGGCUUUCUUCCCAUUGCAUCACAUCAGGAGGCCCAUAAUGUCGGUUGUACUGUUACCAGGUCAUGCUAAGUUUGGUCAUUUAUCAGGGUAGAAUUGACCAGAUAUUUCCAGUGUAGGCAUCCUGUUUCUCUGUGUAAUUAAUAAAUCUGUUUCCCAACAGCCUUUCACCCAGUGGUUUCAGACUCAUUAGCGCACCUUGGCUCAAUCAAUUCUUACGUUAGUGGUUGCACAAUAGUGAUUUUUAACAUUCUUUUACCACCUGGUGGACUUCUGCAUAACAGAAAAUGGCCCACUUUAAAUGAGAGUUAAUCCUGAAUGAUAGGCACAUUUCUCCCUCAUCUGUCUUGAUUCUUAUUCUCAAUUUAAUAAACUGCUGAUCUUCGCCAAAGAUUCAUGAAAAUACUCCUGCUAACCCACCCUGGGGUCCUAUCUUGAGUUAUCUUCUUCCCAGAAUGGCACACGUCUCUAGUAUUUCCACUCAGAAGCUUGGGGCCAGACUGGCCACAGCAGGACUUCAGGCAGGCUGAAUGGUUCUCGCGGGUAACUCAGAGGAAAGACCUGGGAUUACAUUGACAGAGAAACAGAAACUCAAGUUCCCACUUGUAAUCCCUUUGGGAUCAUAGCUCACAUAUCAGAUUUAUCACUUUCACCUAAUGUGUACUUGUACAUCUCUCAUGACUCAAUUCCCUUUUUUAAAAUUUCUAUUUAUUUAUUUAGAAAGGCAGAAAGAAACAGAGAGGUAGAGAGAAGGAGCGAGAACUCCCAUCCAUUUGUUCCUUCCCUAAAUGCCCACAGCCGUUAGGGCUUGGCCAGGCCAAAGCCCGGUGCCAGGGACUCAACCUGGACCUUUCACUUGGGUGGCAGGGGCCCAGUUAAGUCAUCACCCACUGACUCAGGGUGCACAUUAGCAGGAAGCUAGAGUCAGUAGCAGAGCCUGGACUGAAACCCAGGCACUGUUGUAUACGGCAUCGGCAUCCCAGGUGGCGUCCUGACCACCACACCAAACUCCUGGCCCACAGUUCUCAUCUGUGUCAUGGUUUUUUUUUUUUUUUUUUACAGUUUCUAGUAUUUCAUUUUAUAGCUUACCAUAAUUUAUUUUUUAAUUUGCUUCUUUUUUAAAGAUUUAUUUAUUUAUUAAUUAUUUGAGAGGCAGAGAGAGAGGGAGGUCUUCCAUCCGCUGGUUCACUCCCAAGAUGGCCACAAUGGCCAAGGCUGUGCUGAUCCAAAGCCUAGAGCCAGGAGCUUCUUCUGGGUCUCCCACGUGCGUACAGGGGCCCAAGGACUUGGGCCAUCUUCUACUGCUUUCCCAGGCCAUUGCACAGAGCUGGAUUGAAAGUGGAGCAGCCAGGACUCAAACCAGCGCCCAUAUGAGAUGCUGGCACUGCAGUCAGCGGCUUUACCCACUACGCCACAGCGCCGGCCCCACCUACCAUAGUUUAUUUAUUUUGCCCCAAACUGUUGACAGUUUAUUUGACUUCUCAGUGUUUUCCCCAGUACAGACAGCGUUACCCAGAAAUGUCUUCAUGUGCGUCUGUGAUUCUUAGGACAACUUGUUGUCGUUUAAGUGGCUAGAUCAAAGGAUAUGCACAAGUGUGUCCGCAGGUGUGUGAGGCGGGUUUUCCCUAGAGGGCCUCCCACCUGAUGAAAGUCCUCACCCCGUCCACAGCAGUGGAGGCGCGUGCACAGAGACAGAGCCUCACGAAGCGGAUCUGUGGGUUCAGUUCCUGAAGCCUGGAGCUCAGGAUGAAAAACUUGAGCUUGCAAGGCUAACGUCCGAAAAUUACCCUGGACGGCAUUCUCCAAGCGGCUCUGUCGGCCUCCCUCUGGAUCUAGGCGCUCGGUUUAGUUCUGAUGCGUGGCUAUAAGCAUUGGGAGCUUGUCCGUGAUGUGCUGAUGAGCAGCAUUUAGGAUUGGCGUCCGAGAUGUUCUUUUCUCGGGGUAGAGCUGGAAUCCCUCGCACUCGUCAUUGGUUCCCGCCGCCUCCCUUGCGAUCCCCGGUGCCCAGGGGAUGCUCCUCUUCUCGUCCUCGACAGCUCCCGGGGGUUGUGUGCCACAACUGAGGCCCCAUAACUGCAGGCUUCUGGGAGUUUCUAAAAUCACACUGUGGGUUCAGAUUUCCUGUGACUGAUGAGUCCCAUUCGUUCAGUUAUUCUAAUUUAGUUUAUAUAUGACGUGGAAAAUCAGUUUUGAAGCUUCAGACUGCCCGAGCCCAAAGCACUGAUAGAUCCAUUCCCUGUGAGAUCCUGAAGUCCACCCUGGGAGGAGACGAUAGACUGAGACUCUCUGGAGCCCAGCGCAGGAGCAUCCCCACGGAGGGGACUGGCGGGUGCGGAUUGUUCAUCUUUCCUCCAGAACAUGUGGCCAGUGACUCCUCAGCAGCCGUUAGGAGGAGAGGACUGUGAUUUUGGGGUCACUUAAAUCAGGAGCUGUCACUGCACAUCUCAUGAAAUCCUGGCAUUUUAACUUACACUGUCUGCUGCUUUCUCUCCAAGCAUUCCUUUCUGGGUAGCUGACACGUGGCAUGUCCCAAAAUUCAUCCAGGGAUAUCACAGGAAGAUGACCUGUUUAAAGUGGUGAUUUCUGGGGUUAAUAGUUUCGAGUCCCUUGAGACGGUCAGACUACCAUGCUGUGCUUCUAGGUGUACAUUGGUGGGGGAAGCCUCAUUAAAUAUCAUUAAAUUAAAUUUUUAAAGUCAGAACCUGUUAGAACCAUCAUAAUCAGUUGAUUCCUCAUUAAGAUGCUUCAGAACAAAUAUGGUGCUGCUAUAGAAUACCAAAUGAAUUUUCUUCUAAAUGGACUUUUCCCAGAUAGAGUUACCUUCUGCUAAAAUAGCAAUACAUAUAUUGAGAGUAUUUAGAAGUCAUGGCUAAUAAAAAAUUAAAAUUCUCAGUUUGAGCCAAAUUGGUUUAAUAGAGAGAGAGAACCUCACGGAAAUCAAUUGCUUUAAGUCUAUUAAAGGAAUUCACUGCGACUAGAAUUCUAUCUACUCUGUGUGCUCAGUCUAAUACUUUAUUAUUCCAAAAUAAACGUGGGACUGCUUCCAGGAAAAUCCUGUGG